CUAUUUCGCUGCCCUUACCUGUCAGCGUGGAAAUCUCCUCUGUGGCGUGGUCAUCCGCCUGCAUGCUAGCUACUAGUUACUGUUGGUUGCAUCGUACCGGACCUUUCCGCAGCUUAUCGUGAUUCCUCUUCAUAUAAUUCCGAAAAACCACCACAGCUGAACGAUGAACCUUGACACCAGGCACCACUUUUAAAAUUCGCCAUCAGCGCAGUUAUAUAUCUGCGAUAUCCAGGUCUCUGCUUUCUCAAUAAUUUGUGUCGUCAUUAAGGCCUGGACCACGAUCUCUGGUCUGGAAAACUUUGAGAUCGGGCCAAAUCUCCACCGCGACUCGACUAGUGUCGAUAUUAUUCCAUUUUUAUACACUUUCGCCUGGUUGCGCUACACCGCUGGUCUUACGCUCGGGAUUUUGUGGAACGCCAACCCAUCAUUUUAUCGAUGCUUGAUCCUAUUUGAAUGUCCACUGGGCAACAUUUCACAAGCAAGAACGGAGUCAAUUGACAUCGUUCACUCUGAUCAAGUGACAGAAUAAGAAGCACACAUAUAUCCAACAGUCAUCAUGGCUCCUCUGGGCGAAACGAUCGCUGUGAUUGACAAGUCCGGUAAGGUGGUGAGCACGAGCAAGCACCUGUUCGGCGUGUUCAGUCAAGCCAAGAAUGCCUAUCGCGAGCGCAAAGCUCAAUUUCAGUCUGAACGGAACGCCAAGAUUGCCGAGAAGGAGGCACUGAGGGCUCUUGAGAACUACCAUAUCGAUGAUGCGCCUUCAGUCGCAUCCUCUCGAAGGAGCCGUUCCCGACACCAUUCAGGCCGCAGCCACUACGCUCGUGAACCUUCGGUCUAUGAAGAAAAUGUGCAAUGGCAGGACCCUUAUGCCGAUCCUUAUGGUGUUCGACCAGGGGAAAUGGUCCGCCGUCAUACCCAUGACGUCGCCAUGCGUGGUCCAGAGCGACCAACCACCAGCCGCUCCAAGUCCGAUGCUCAUGUCGACAUGGACCUAGCAUACGGCGACUUCCACCCUUCGGCCCUAGAGACAGUACCACCACCCCCCGAACCACAAAACCAGCUCCAAAGAAUUGAGAAUCCGGAACUAAAUACUCUUGUGGAUCGGGCGCAGUGGCUCCUAGAGGAAGCUGACUGCAUGCAACAUACUGCGACCGCCACUAUUGCACAUCUUCAGAAGAAUCCAGAUGCCAUGGCUGCUGUAGCUCUCACCUUGGCCGAGAUCAGCAACAUAGCCACAAAGAUGGCCCCAUCUGCGCUUUCAACCCUCAAGGCUGCGGCCCCAACAGUCUUCGCCCUGCUUGCAAGCCCACAAUUCUUGAUCGCAGCGGGUGUUGGUAUCGGAGUCACGAUUGUCAUGUUUGGUGGCUACAAGAUUGUCAAGCAGAUCCAGAACGCCACCACCGCUACUCCCAACAGCCCUAUGAGGGCAGCGGCGGCUCCCGAGGAAGAUCCUGGCAUGGAUGACAUGAUGGAGUUUAACACCGAAUGUCUAAGCACUGUCGAAAUGUGGCGGCGGGGCGUAGCGGACGCCGAGGCCGACAGCGUUGGCACGUCCGUCGAUGGAGAGUUCAUCACACCUAAAGCAGCAGCAAUGUCAGGCAUUGAUGUGACUACGGCACGAAUGUCGCGGGACCCGCGAUUCAAGUUCGACGACGAUGAGCAGUCGAUGGCAUCAUCUCGCAAAUCUCGUCGGUCGCGCAGCCAUCGUGAAGGAUCUCGUGCCAACCACCGACCAGAGUCGCACGUCAGCUCGAGGGCACCUUCCAAAGUUUUCUCGAAAGCGCCAUCGAAGGCACCGUCCAGAGCGCCCUCAUACGCACCUUCCAGAGCCGAAUCGCGUUAUUCGGACAUAGAACCUAAGCCGAAGGAGAAGAAGAAGCGAUCCAGCCGUUUGCGUUUGAUGUUCACUGCUUGAUUUCUACACCUCUAUAUUUUCUUAACGACAGAUCGACACUUUACGACAUGUAUAUAAUAUUGUAUACUGCGAUUUCGGAUAACAUUACGACAGGAUGGAUAUUUGCUUGGCGCAAUUAGAAUUAGCGAAGUUUCUUCAUUCUUUGACCUAUGAUCGGUGGUGGUUUGUGUCUUUCUCCUGACUAUCAUUUGACAUGAUACAAUUGCACAUUUGGCGUUUGAUACCACUCCUUAUGCAUGUAGAAUGCCUCUGAUGUUGAUAUAUUUUUUUUUUCAAGAUGCAUAUACUCGGACUGUGACAGUCUACCAUGGAACACUUGACAUAAGUGAAAAGUUCAUACUGAAAAUGGAAGUUCAUACUAUAC